AUGUCACCCACUGGUCGCGGGAGCGGCCAUAAGACCUUCUUUGCCAGCUCAGAUGAUUCGAAGAUAUGUGUUGUCAUGGUUGGUCUACCGGCCAGAGGCAAGAGUCUCAUCGCCGGAAAAGCGAUGCGAUAUCUUGGCUGGGUUGGCAUCCCAGCUCGCGUAUUCAACGUGGGGUCGUAUCGCAGAAACUCUACGCCCCAGCCAACCGCUACCUUCUUUGAUCCUCACAACUCAGAAGGAGAGAAGAUGAGGCGCGCUGCUGCUGAAGCGGCCAUGUCUGAUAUGGUCAAUUGGUUCAAUGCUGGCAAAGGGGUGGUCGCCAUUCUAGAUGCUACCAACUCAACGAAACAGCGCCGUCGCUGGAUUUACGAAUCAUGUAGCGCCGCUAAUAUCGAAACGCUAUUCGUUGAGUCAAUAUGUGAUGAUGAAUCUCUCAUCAUGAACAACAUCUUGGAAGUCAAAACCACAUCACCGGACUAUAAGGGGCAGGACCCCGAAGUCGCCGCCGUGGAUUUCCGCAACCGAAUCCGCAAUUAUGAGAAGGUCUACGAGGGUAUUGGUGAUGAUGAAAACAACUAUACCUACGUAAAACUUAUCAAUGUCGGUUCCACCGUGAUAAUAAACCAGAUCAAAGACUAUCUAUCAAGUCGCUUGGUCUACUACAUCCAGAACCUUCAUAUCAAGCCACGAUCAAUCUGGCUUUCUCGGCAUGGAGAGUCAGAAUAUAACCUCACAGGAAAAAUCGGAGGAGAUUCUAACAUCUCUGAGCGUGGAGAAGCUUAUGCGCGUGCAUUGCCUGGCCUGCUCAAGAAGUCCGGUGUCCCGGAUAACACGAAAAUUGUUAUAUGGACCUCAACCCUCAAACGUACGAUCCAAACGGCACGUCCUCUCGCCAAGGAGACGGGAUUCGAAAAGCUGGAGUGGAAGGCCCUGGAUGAACUUGACUCUGGACUCUGUGAUGGCCUCACGUAUGAGGACAUUGCACAACAAUACCCCGAAGACUUUGCAGCUCGGGAUGAGGACAAAUACAAUUACCGUUAUCGUGGGGGAGAGUCGUAUCGCGAUGUCGUGAUUCGCCUCGAGCCCAUCAUCAUGGAACUAGAACGCAGUGAAAACGUCAUCAUCGUCACCCACCAGGCUGUGCUGCGUUGCAUCUACUCGUACUUCCUCAAUGUUCCCCAGGAACAGAGUCCGUGGAUGGAGGUUCCCCUGCAUACGUUGAUCAAGCUCACUCCACGCGCGUAUGGAACGGAAGAACAGCGUUUUAAGGCCGAUAUACCUGCUGUGUCCACGUGGCGUGCCAAGGGAACAUCUGCAAAGCACCAAGAUUAUCCCACUGAGGUGAAAUCUUAA